AUGACCACAACGUCUACCGAUAAUGUGUUGCCAUCGAUUAUCAAUGGCGUUGAUACAUUCCAUCCAGAGGACAAGAAAUAUGCUGUCAAACAUCAUACUAACCCAGAUGAUAUCUUGCACCAUUUUUCCCAAUUUUCAAUCACAGAUACGAACAUUUCAUCUUUAGCCGAGAAUGCAAAAGAAGGUUUUCACCAAUGGACGGAUCUUUCAACUUCUGAAAGAGCUUCGAUUUUCAGAAGGACCAUUGAGCUCAUGAGAGCCCAAAAAGACGAAUUUAUAAACUCACAUUUAGAAAUUGGUGGGCCAGGUUGGUUUGCUGGCUUCAACGUUGAAGGCUCGAUUGCUCAAAUUGAUGAGUAUGCCUCACAGUUGUCAAGACCAGAAGGCCAAAUAGUCCAAUCGGGCCAUAACGAUCUUGCAAUGACGAUAAAGACCGCAAUUGGCCCUGUGUUGUCUAUAUCUCCCUGGAAUGCACCUAUCAUUUUAGGUACGAGGUCCAUUUGUGCUCCACUAGCUGCCGGCUGCUCAGUGAUUGUCAAGUCCAGUGAGAAAUCGCCAAAAGCUUCCGACUUAUUGGUGAGAUGCUUUUUGAAAGCUGGAGUACCACCAAAGGCAUUGCAAUUGGUCCAUGUGGCUCCUCUGGAUAAUCCCAAAUUCUUGGAGCUGAUCUUGGCCUCUGGCGCGAUUAGAAAAGUCAAUUUCACUGGCUCAACAGCUGUUGGAACCAUUGUUGCACAGCAAUGUGCUAAACACUUGAUACCUUAUAUUUUGGAGUUGGGUGGUAAGAACGUAUCUAUUGUCUUGAAAGAUGCAGAUUUGCAAAGUGCUGCGGGAAAGAUCCUAUUCUCGGCAUGGGCCCAUAAAGGUCAGAUUUGCAUGAGCACCGAUAAGGUGUUUGUUGACGAUUCCGUCUAUGACGAAUUCAAAAAUGUCUUGAAAGAUGUUGCAUCCCACAUGGUGGAGGAUAAAGACCACAAAAUCAGUCAACGAGAUAGUCUCGGUAGAGACAAAGUUUUGGAGUUGGUCGACGAUGCUAUCGCCAAGGGUGCCAAGCUUGUUUUUGGAGACUAUAGUAGAGAUGUCAUAUUAAAAUCAAACAUUAUUCCUCCAUUGAUCUUGGAGAAUGUUACCGCCGAGAUGAAAAUUAAUUCCACGGAGUCCUUUGGACCCGUUUUCACUCUACACACGUUUGCAAAUGUUUAUGAUGUUGUAAAAGAGGUUAAUGAACACGAGUUUGGGUUAAAAGCUUCCAUUUGGUCCAAAAACACAAUUGGAGCAUUGAAAUUAGCUAAGAAAUUGGAAAUUGGCGGCGUCCAUAUAAACUCCCCCACUAUACAUGAUGAACCAACUGUACCCCACGGUGGUGUCAAGUCGAGUGGAAGCGGAAGAUUCAAUAGUCAAUGGGGAAUGGACGAAUUCAUGUUUGUUAAAACCAUCACUAUCGAUGAGUAG